AUGCCUCUCGCACCCGUCAUUACCUCUCCUUCUUCUCUUUAUGACUCUCCUCACCAUCACUACUCCUAUUCUCCUACUCUCCUCACCACCACCAUCUCUCUACUUCUAUUCUCCUACUCUCAUCUCUCCAUACAUAACUACACCAGCACCAUCUUCAUGAAAGACAUAGACGACCCACACAUUCAAGCCCUCGAUAAGCUGACUCAAUACUACUUAGGAAGAAACAAAUUCGCCCACUUUGGGCUUUCUCUUUACGAGAAAAACCCGACCUCUCUCGGAUCUAUUCACUUCAACAAGGGUAAGCUGUUUUUCUUUCUGCUACUCAAGAGACACAGAUUACUGAAUUGUCCGCCCUCUUCACAGCUCCCCUAUCACCUUAGCCCUAACGCCGCUGGCACUCCCAGCUCGGCAGCGGAGGACAUUGUCUCGCAGCGUGGGCCUUUGCUGCCGCCUGCUUCCUCUGCUGAUUCCAGCCGGUCCACUACUACUCAGUCUGCUACUACUCGGCCCGUUACUGCUCAGCCCGCUACUAUCCAGCCAGCAGCAUCCACACCUGCCCCUCCUAAGCUGGAGACAGAGAGCAUGAAACGUUCCAUGUCCGAGUCUGUAGAUGUCGAGGAGGCUAGAGCUGACGAGCGGCGUAAGUCUAACGGAAACAAGGUGCACGCCGAAAUGAAAGUCAAGCUUCACAAAACAGGCUACAGGAUCCCUGACAACCUUUUCGACCCUGAGAAGGAUGAGAAGGAGCAGGAAAAGCAAGCUAAUGAGCAGGAGGCACUCAGAUCAGCUCAGAGGCUCCGCCGCGCUGAGCUUGUGAUUGAGGUUGAACAAGCGAGAGAUGAGGUUUUGGUUCGGUACGCCGAGAGGACAGUGGACCACGAGGCCCUCGAAACUGCCAAAGAGUCUCUUCAGAAGGCAGAAACGAAGUUCCAUGCCAGUGUUGAGGCGCUGCAACUGGCCGAGCAGAAGUUGGAUAGCGUGCUCGAGCUGUACCACAACGUCUGA